CAAUGUUUUUCAUCAUGGCGGACGAAUCAUUGGCAGACAAGUAAACGUAGUUUACGCUUUUAGCCGCUCUGUUUCAGGAAUCUAAGUGUGAGGAUGAGUGACUGGAUUGAGCAUGGCUUCCAUAUCUAUCAAGUACAAUUAAACACGAAGAACAGAAGGAAGUUUCGUCAGGUUGCCAGAGAUACUUGUGGAGAAUCAAUGGAGCCACAAGACGACGACUUGGUGAUGUUUGGAGAGAAACUGGACGAAAAAGAUCCAGUUGUCUGUGUAAUCUGUGCCAAACUGGCAAAGGAUAAUGUUGAAGAUACAGCAAAUGAACAUUAUUUCCACUGGAUUAACUUUAUUUUUGUCAAAGGAAAAUUCCAAGGACAAGGUUUUGGUGGGAAAAUGUUAAGUGCAAUGGAACAAGAACUCAGGCAAAGAAGAUUAAGACCAAUAAGACUUGAAAGUGCAGUCAAGGCCGUGAACUUCUUUAAAACACAAAAUUACAAAGAAAUUGGAGAGCCAAUGAAUUGUGUCUGUUCUGGCUCAGCCUUAUUUAGAACAUUACAAAGAAUGGAGAAAUUCUCAAAGAUGUAACUCUUUUUAUUAAAAGUCUGCACUCUUAUUAUGUGCAGAUUGUGGUAUGCUCCCUUGAGAUGCUGGCAACAUCAGGGAAAACACUUAUCAGAGUAAUUUAUAUCAUGGCCAAUUGAUGAGACAUAAGCUGUCAAAUAUUUGUGCUCAUACAAAUGCAUUCUAUUAGGUGGAUUUGAAAGAAAAUUAGUGAAGUAAACAAGAUGGCACAGGCAACAA